AUGGAAAGGAUAUAUGACGCCAAGAGGUGUGGAGACGAGAACCGUCUGACGUUUACUGAGUAUCUACUAAUCGGAGAGGCCGGUCACUGGUGGGGUAGCUCAAAGAUGUUGUUGGAAGACAAGCACACCCCUAUUACAUGGGAAGUAUUCAAGAAGAAGUUCUAUGAAGAGUACUUUCCAAAUAGCGUCCGGUUCGCUAAAGAAGUGGAAUUCCUUCAACUAGUUCAAGGAGGUAUGACGGUGUCUGAAUACGCCAACAGAUUCAAACAGUUGAUGAGAUUCUACACAAUGAGGAUGAGUGAAGAAAGGCAAUGUAGAAAGUUUGAAAACAGACUGAGGGAAGAUCUGAAGCCGGUUAUUGCCAGCCAUUGCAUUCAGAAGUUCCCUGCCUUAGUGGAGAGGGCUAAGGUAUUAGAGAAGAAUCUGAUGGACGCUGAGAGACGCAAGAAGCAACAACAGCCAAGCUCCAAGGGGCCUAUCUUUUCAAGAACCAACCCUGGUCCCAGAGCAACCCCUUACUCUCGGCCCAUGUCAUCCUCAGGUCCUUCUGCUUUGGCCGCCCGACCUGUUAACUAUGCCAGACCUUCCGGUCAGCCGGGGAGUGUAAACUGUUUCAUCUGUGGAGGCCCUCACUUCAUGAAAGACUGCCCCAAGCAGGGAAAUGCCAAAUACUGUGUCCGGUGCAGAAGGAAUGGACACUGGGAGAGGGAAUGCAAUAUGGGGGACAAAGCAUUCUCAAGACCACCAAACACUGGAAGAUUUCAACAGAGUGGUGGCCGAGCACAAGCAGCUGGCCGAGUCUAUGCUAUCAUAGGAGCCGAAGCAUCUAGUGUAGGUAACCUCAUCACCAGUACUUGCUUAUUGCAUGGAAUGCCCUGCUGUGUGUUAUUUGAUUCGGGGGCAACACAUUCCUUCAUCUCGAAGGCAUGUGUUAAUAGACUGGGUUUGACAGAGAGAGAGUUGCAGCUUGAUUUGGUGGUGUCAACCCCAGCAGCUGGUGAGGUUAGGACGUCUACCGUAUGCGUUAGAUGCCCUAUUGAGGUAGAAGGGUAUAAGUUUAAGGUGAACCUCAUAUGUUUGCCUCUUCAAGACUUAGAAGUAAUUCCAGGGAUGGAUUGGUUAGCCUCCAAUCACAUUCUUAUUGAUUGUGGGAAGAAGCAGCUGAUUUUCCCAAAAGAAGAAGAGAAGUUUACCUUAACGCUCGAUCAGAUCAGAGAGGACUUGAUUGAAGGCGCCAUGAGUUUCCUCAUCCUGACGUAUAUGGACGCAAGUGAAACAGACCGUCCGGUUGGAGACCAUUCGGUUAUUGAUGAAUUUCUGGACGCUUUUCCGGAAGAAGUGCCAGGCCUACCCCCACCAAGAGAGGUUGAGUUCUCCAUUGACUUUAUCUCGGGAGCUGGCCCAAUCUCCAUAGCCCCGUAUAGAAUGGCUCCAGCUGAAUUAGCCAAGUUAAAGAAGCAAAUAGAGGAGUUAUUGGAGAAGAAAUUCAUCCGGCAAGUGCAUCACCUUGGAGAGCUCCAGUGCUGUUGGUCAAAAAGAAGGAUGGCAGCUCUCGAUUCUACAUUGACUACCGGCAGUUGA